GAGGGGGUGACGCUGGCGACGUCGGCAGCGCGAGGCUUCGCGCGUGAGAGGCUCGGGCGCUAGGCCUGGCUACAGAGCUUUCCUGGCAGGCGAGCAGGUUGUCGACGCCGCCUCCUGAAGGAGUGCGGGCGGGGAGGUGUCGGGGUCAGCGGCGUAAUCAACUGCGGCCAUGGAGGAGACGCAGCCGCUUCCGCAGCCCGAGCUGCAGCUGUGCGACAGCCUCAUCAUCUGGCUGCAGACAUUCAAUACUCUGGCACCUUGUCAAGAUGUAAAACAGCUGACUAAUGGAGUUGCCAUGGCACAAGUUCUUCAUCAGAUUGAUGUAGCUUGGUUCGAUGAAUCUUGGUUAAGCCGAAUUAAGGAGGAUGUUGGUGACAACUGGAGAAUAAAGGCUAGUAAUUUAAAGAAGGUACUUCAAGGAAUCAUGAGUUAUUACAGUGAGUUUUUGGGGCAACAGAUUUCUGAAGAACUUAUUCCUGAUUUAAACCGAAUAACUGAAUGUUCAGAUUCUGUGGAGCUUGGGAGGUUGCUGCAGCUUAUUUUAGGUUGUGCAGUCAACUGUGAAAAGAAGCAAGAACAUAUUCAAAAUAUAAUGACACUGGAAGAGUCAGUUCAACAUGUGGUCAUGACUGCUAUUCAAGAGUUGAUGAGUAAAGAAAUAUUGAGCUCUCCUGCAAAUGAUGCCGUUGGAGAAUUAGAGCAACAGCUAAAAAGGGCCCUGGAAGAACUUCAGGAGGCACUAGCAGAGAAAGAAGAACUGAGGCAAAGGUGCCAAGAACUAGAUAUGCAGGUGACUGCACUUCAAGAUGAAAAGAAUUCACUGGUUUCUGAGAAUGAGAUGAUGAAUGAAAAACUUGACCAGUUGGAUGGAUCUUUUGAUGAUCCAAAUACAAUGGUUGCAAAGAAGUUUUUUCAUGCACAGUUACAACUAGAGCAAUUACAGGAAGAAAAUUUCAGGCUUGAAGCUGCAAAAGAUGAUUACCGUGUUCACUGUGAAGAACUUGAAAAGCAACUAAUUGAAUUUCAGCAUAGGAAUGAUGAAUUGACUAGCCUUGCUGAGGAAACAAGAGCCCUGAAAGAUGAAAUCGAUGUUCUUAGAGCUACCUCUGACAAAGCAAAUAAACUGGAGUCAACAGUUGAGAUAUAUCGUCAGAAGCUACAAGAUCUGAGUGACCUGCGCAAGCAAGUGAAAACUUUACAGGAAACAAAUAUGAUGUAUAUGCAUAAUACAGUCAGCUUACAAGAAGAAUUAAAGAAGGCAAAUGCAGCACGUACACAGUUAGAAACAUACAAGAGACAGGUUCAGGAUCUACACAGUAAACUUUCCUCUGAAUCCAAACGGGCUGACACACUAGCAUUUGAAAUGAAGCGGCUUGAAGAAAAGCAUGAAGCUUUACUUAAGGAAAAAGAGAGACUAAUAGAACAGCGUGAUGCUCUAAAAGAAACAAAUGAAGAACUGCGGUGUUCACAAGUACAACAGGAUCACCUGAACCAAACAGAUGCAUCUGCUACAAAAAGUUAUGAAAAUCUUGCUGCUGAGAUUAUGCCUGUGGAAUAUAGGUGUUUUAUUCGACUGCAACAUGAAAAUAAGAUGCUUCGCUUACAGCAGGAAGGUACUGAGAACCAACGUAUUGAAGAACUUCAAGAGCAGCUAGACCAGAAGCAUCGUAAGAUGAAUGAAUUGGAAACUGAGCAAAGGCUGAGCAAAGAGCGUAUCCAAGAAUUGCAGCAGCAGAUUGAGGAUCUCCAGAAGUCUUUACAGGAGCAAGGCUCCAAGUCUGAAGGAGAAAGUUCCAGCAAACUAAAACAGAAGUUGGAAGCUCAUAUGGAAAAACUAACAGAGGUCCAUGAAGAACUACAGAAGAAACAAGAGCUCAUUGAAGAUCUUCAGCCAGAUGUAAAUCAGAAUGCACAAAAAAUCAGUGAACUUGAAGCUGCUCUUCAGAAGAAAGAUGAAGACAUGAAAGCAAUGGAGGAACGAUAUAAAAUGUACUUAGAGAAAGCAAGAAAUGUAAUAAAAACUUUAGAUCCCAAAUUAAAUCCUGCAUCAGCUGAAAUAAUGCUACUUAGAAAGCAGUUGGCAGAGAAAGAGAGAAGAAUUGAGAUUCUGGAGAGUGAAUGUAAAGUGGCGAAAUUCCGUGAUUAUGAAGAAAAACUCAUUGUUUCUGCCUGGUAUAAUAAGAGUCUAGCAUUUCAGAAACUGGGGAUGGAGUCUAGACUUCUGAGCAGCAGUGGUGCUUGCAAAGACCCUGGUGCGUGUCCUCCUGCACGCUCCUUCCUAGCACAGCAACGGCACAUUACCAGCACCCGGAGAAAUCUCUCUGUUAAAGUUCCUGCUACAACAUCUGAUUAAACUCAAAAGAAAACAAACAGAAGUGUCCUUAAGUAUUUUCUGUCCUUCAACUAACUACCAGAUUGAAAAAGAAGUUUAUGAUACAGGAUACCAGCUGUUCAACAGGCAUGAAGUUAAUUUUGCUGGCUGACUUUGAAAACAAAAUAUAGAAUUAGCUAUCCCUCUGAGGGAGUGCACUUGAAUCAUUAGAAGAUGUAAUUAGGCAUACCUCUCAAACAUUUGUGUUUUGAGAGUAUUCUGUUUUCAGAUUGACUUCAUAUAUUUUAGUUUAAUGUUUUCAUUUGUGUCAGUAACUCGGUUAAUUUGCAAUACAUAAUCAGUAAUAGUAAUUUAAAAAUAUAUCUAUUCAUUUGAUUGUUUGGAUCCAUAUAAAAAUAAUCUUAUGGUACAUACACGUAGGGCUGUAAAGAGUUAUAUUUUUUAUUUGAUGUAUACAAAGUUUUCCCUUUGCAUCAAGUUCUGGCAUUGAAUGUGUAUAUUUUGUCAUGUAAUGGAAGAUAAAACAUUUGGAAGUUUUGACUGUUGAAGUGACUUUGCCGUAGUAAAGUAACUAAUUGGAAAUUUUGCAGAUUCAGAAGUGGUUAUACUUCUGUGUACCUACUAUAAAGGAGUGCAUAACCCUCUCCUUUAUAGUGAAGGGUGAGGAAAUCAACUGAUUUUUGUAAGGGGUGACUUUCUGAUGUGAAACAAGCUAAAAAUAUACUUUGUGUGAAGCAUCCAUGUGCUCCUUAAUAUAAUUAGUGAAGAUUACAAUUUAUUUUGCUUUUAAGCAUUAAAUGAUCAGGGUCUCUGCUAAAAAUACUGUACUAAAUUUGCCUCUUCACUGGGAAGAGAUGGUGCAGUGAUGUCACAAUUUGGAAUCAAUUUGAUAUUAUUUCCCAAUAAGCAAUCUGUCUCAGGCUGUGUUUAUGGUAUUCAGUUCGUUUCUGCCUGAAGCUCUUUAUUUUCAACGGUGUUCCUUUCAAAUUUUUUGAGAGUUACACUUUGGCAUUUUAAUUUAGUUCAGUAAAAUAUGUGCUGUUCAAUAUUGUAGCCACAAGCCACACAUAGCAAUUUUAAUGAAAUUGAUUAAAAUUAAGUUCCUUGGUUGCACCAGCCACAGUUCAAAUCCUCAGGAGCCACAUUGGCUAAUGGCUAUAGUAUUGGACAGUGCAGAUAUAAAAUAUGUCCAUCGUUGCAGAAAGUUCUGUUGGAUGGUGCCAUACUAAACCUUUUUUAUAAUGACGUUGAAAUACUCCUUGAUGUUAGACCACAAAAGUAGAAAGCUGAAAAAUGUCAGGACUGUUGCAUUAGAAAAAGGAAUUGAAUUGUGACACAACUAGCAUCUUGCAUUCCUUAAAGCUGAAUACUAUAGUAGUUACUUUAGGCAUUGUUGGCUAUAUGACCAGGAGCUAGUACUCAGCUCUGCUGUGAAGUGUGUAUGAAAGCAGCAGCCAUGCACAAUAUGGAAAUCAGGUAAGUAUGGUCGUAUUUCAGUAGAACUUUAUUUUACAAAAACUGGUGGUAGGUCUGAUUUGGCCUGCAGGCUGAAGACCUCCUUGGGUAUAGAGUUUAUUCUUAACAUUUCCUUGAAAACACGAAUAUUGUUUCCAUUUACAGUGUUACUCUUUUAGAUUCUUGGGUUUUAGAUUCUCUGCCAGUAAAAUUUUUUUUUAAAUUUCUGAAAAUACAAGAAUUUCAUACUGUAUUUAAAAUACUUAGAUUAGGGCGCAUCUGUGAGGACAUUUUGUUUUUUAUCAGGGUUACUUCUGUUGACUACCUCUUAGGUUUUGAUGUCUUUUUCCAGUAUAUUUGCAAAUAUGUUGUUGGUUUGCAUUUUCAUAUAUCCUUGUAGUCUCUGCUUGCCUGUGAAAUAAGCCUUUGAAAAUAUUUUAGCAUGCUUAUUAAAAUUUUCUAAAUAUUAUGGCAUUCUGGUAUAUUUUGGUCAAUGUAAGACAUGAGCUGCUUUGGUAUUUACUACUUGCUUAUCAUUGAGAUUUUCCAAGCUCUUCAAGCUCCCUUUUAAAGGACUUUAUUGUAAAACAGCAGUUUCAAUAAAUUAGUAUUUUCACAGUUCAAUUGCUCAUAAAUUUUAGAUUAUUAUACUUGGAAUUUCUAAAUAAUUCAUGCAAUUUCUGAAUAAGGACCUAAAACUAGACUCUUCUUAAUAGAGAAAAAGCAAUUUUGUGAUUUACCACUUUUUCAGGUGAUAGGUAGAAUUUAAAUUGCUUGAUAUACAAGUAUUUAUACAAGACUCAUGUAAUUUAAAGUUCUGUAUCAUUGUGGUUAAUCAUAUGGAAAUUCAAGAACUGGCCAGAAGUGAGAUUAAUUCCCACAUCUGGUUAACAUAGUGAGAUUGACACCCUGUGGGUGGUAAAGCGUUAUGAAUAUUUCCUAUAAACCAUGAGUUACACGUGUCUGGGUUAUCAGUGAUGUUUAAGUGGAUAUACCAGGGAAGAAAACUUGAGCAUUUAUCUAUGUGAUAAGUUGUUACAUGUCCCAGUGAUAAUAAAGUAAAACCACAGACUAAUUUGGAAAUGAUCUUUAACUUUGAGAAUUUUCUGUAAAACUAAUAUUUUUCUUUUUAAAACAAAAAGUAUGUAUACAUAUGACAGUGAUGUUUAUCCUGAGAUUAACUUAAUGUAUUGAAAAAUACUUUAAGUUCACUGUAUUUUUUCAAUGAAUAAGGCUGUUGAACUGAUUUAGAAUUAAUAGAACUAAUAGGUGAAGAAUCAAUGUGUUGUCUAGAAACUUUAAACUGGGCAUCCUCAUUAUGAUGUCAUCUUGGAUACCUGAAGUGCUAACCAGAAUGUUAGAUAAUGCUUGUACGUCAAUACCUGUGUCUGUGUAGUGAAACAUCUGACUCCAUCGGGUGGCUUUUAGUGCACAACACCACCAUUUCAGGUUCUCUGCAUGUGUAUUUAACAAGAACCAUUCCUAUGUAAAAUGUGUAUAUACAGUUGUAUGCAUUCAUUCUUAUUGUGAACCUGUACAUUGCAAUGAAGUAGUAUGGAAAUUGGUAAAGCACUAAAGCACAACCACAAAAGAAAAUGGUGUGCAGGUAUUAAACUUGAUGUAGCAUGCCCUGGCCAAUGUGGCUCAGUGGUUGGAGCAUCAUACCAUAACCAAAAAGUUGUGGGUUCAUUUCCCAGUAAGAGCACAUACCUAGAUUUUGGGUUCAUCCCUGGUCUGGCCCUAUGAUUUCCCAGUCCCGGCACAGAACCCCAGUCUGGAUGCUAUGAAGGCAACCAAUUGAUGCUUCUCUCUCAUUGAUGUUUCUCUCUCCCCCUUCCUCUCUCUAAAAAAGCAAAUGGAAAUGUCAUUGGGUAAGGAUUAAAAAAAAACAACCUGAUGUAGCUUAAUUGUAAUAAUUUAGUUUCUAAAAGUUUUUUUCUAUUUUCUAUGGAAAAGACUUUGACAUUUGAAAAAUAGAAGCAAUGUUUGAUUUAUUUUUGUAUUUAGGAUAUUUUAAAUAAAUGAUUGUCCAAUAACAGUUUAAUAGUUGUAAAGUGUUUUAAGUAAAUAAACUUUCCAAUUCUG